AUGACUGCAACUUCCAAACGAUCCGGUCGGGAUGCAUCGUUUCGUAGCGGCGCACAUUUCCACGCUGGCAGAGCCAACGGCCCAACGCCCGGGCCUGGACGGACCCGAUUAGGCAAGCCCAACGGCCUGGCGGGGCCGCACCGGAUCCGAGCCCUCCGGCGCCCGCCCGGCCCGCGGGAGGUGCCCCAUCCCUCGCAAAGUGACUUCCAGAACGCAAAAGUCAAUGCCUCGCCGGGGCGCGUCGUGCGUCAUGCAGUGCUGAACGCGGACACCCCUCCUGGAAUCGGGUGA